CGUCCAUCCGCAGUGGCACGCUCGUUCCAUUCCCAUCCUCGACUCACAAUUCAGUAUCUACCUGUUGCUCGAACAGCAAGGGACGACUCUUCUCCAUUCUCUCUUUCUCUUUUUCUAACAAUUUAUCUCUUUAAAGUUUCACGUCUAUUACCUGCGAACGAGUUUCGUAAAAACGAUAAAAAUUUUCCGAACUUUCUGACGCCGCGUUUAAAGGGGGAAAAACAAAAAAAAAAAGAAAAAAACAAAAAAAAAAGAAAGAAAAAGAAAAAAAAAUAUAUAUAUAUAUAUAUUUUUUUUUUCAAAUGUUUGUGUGCACGCACGCGCGCGCACGCGUGUGUGUAUGUGUGUGUGAGUUAGUGUGCGCUUAUACGACAAAGGUCAUCGUAUUAAAGAAGAAAAAGAAAACAAAAAUUAUAUUCUUCCCUCGGAAAUUAAAUUGAUAUAUCAAAUAAUAAUUUUUCAUCUCUCUUUUUUUUCUUUCUUCUUCUUCCUUCUUCUUCUUCCUUUUUUUUUUUCUUUUCUUUUUUUCUUUUGUAAAAAUUGAUAGAAAAUAAUUCAAUUAUACGAAGGACUUUUUACGCGAUGGAAGAUGAAUUUUCACGACAUAUUGUCGUUAAUGUUCCUGAGUGAAAUCAUCGGUGAUAAUAUCACGUGUGUGUUUUUUCUUUCCGCUUUGUGAUUAUAUAUUUAUCAUUAAGAUAAAUGUUUAGUUAUAUAGAAAAAAGGAGAAAAAAGUGGUCGCAUCUUUUCGGAUCGAUUGGAAGGAUCGAUCGAAGGAUACGCAGGUGUACGAGUACGGACCUGGUGCCACAAUUAUUGGGAAUGUUCGACGAGCUGGCACGUCGUGGAAAUGGUUACGAAGAUCACCAAGUAGUCCUCUCAGCGUCUUGUAAUAUACCAGCGGCUUUGCAGAAACGAUUGAGUUUGGUACCGCACUCACAACGAGGUUCCAUAUUCGGUCAGCUUUGUGGGGAGGCUACGAAGAAAGGUAGUAGCUGUAAUAGCGGUAGUAAUAGUAAUAGUAAUAAUAGUCAUCGGGAUAAGAAGAGCGAGGAUAUGUGUGAGAGAACGAAAGAUACGGAUACGAAAAGUACGAUAGACGUUGUGGUAACUCAACAUCUUGUUCGUAACAACAAAGACGACGACGACAACGACGACGACGACAAUAACAGCAACAAUAACAACAACAACAACAACAACAACAACAAUAAAAAUAACAACAACAACAACGACGACGACGAUGAUGACGAGAACGAGGAUGACGACGAGGAAGAGGACGAAGAGGAGGAGGAAGAGGAGGAAGAGGAGGAGAGAGAGAGAGAAAGAAAGAGGAAGGAGGUCGUCAAAGUAGAAAAAGAAAAUGAUGGAAAUAGAUUGUCGAUCAACGUUAUCGUGGAAAACGAUAAGAAGAAGAAAAAUUCUUAUGUACAAGAAACAAAUAAUAGCAAGAACUCCAAUGGAGGAACGCUUACUCAGCUAAGAUAUAAAAGAAGAUGUAGAAGUGGAAGACCAUUGUCUGGUAGUUCGAUAGCCUCUAGUACAUCGUCAAGUGGCUGUAGCAAUCAGGGAAAUCCAUCGUCUGCGACUAAUCCAUAUUUGGCUUCUGUCGAAUCAUUAGCCGAUACCUGUGCCAGUUCUCAAGGUUCGGGUGAUAGCGGUGUGGUUACGGUAUCCGAAGCCAGCUGUCGUAUUGGUAAUGUUACCAAUGGUCAAAGAAGGGACAGUGCCGAAGGAGAUACGUCCUCCCAUCGACCACGUUAUUGCGAUCCUCAUCGUAAUCCCGUGGAAAGAGUAUUGCUUGAAAUCGUCGAUACCGAAGCUAUAUAUGUUGAACACUUGCGACAAGUUAUACAGGGCUAUCUCAUAUUUUGGAGAGACGAUCCCACGUCGUUUGUACAUCAAUUGCAACUAAGCGACUUGUUCAGCAAUAUAGAGGAUAUAUUCAAGUUCAACAGAGAAUUCCUAAAAGAAAUCGAGAAAUGUGCUUUUGAUCCAGUUUGCGUGGCUAACACUUUCAUCAAGCAUAAUUCAGGAUUUAAGGUUUAUACCGAAUACUGUACGAAUUAUCCCAGAACUGUCUCUGUAUUAACCGAUCUGAUGGGACAAGAGGAAAUGGCCAAAGCGUUUAGAGAAAGACAGGCAGCUUUAGAUCACGCGUUACCUUUGGGAUCAUUUUUGUUGAAGCCUGUUCAAAGGAUUCUUAAAUAUCACUUGUUGCUAGAGAAUUUAUCGAAGGAAUAUGGGGCAGGCUGUGACGCAAGAGAAAACGAGGCAGAAGGAAGAAGUGCAAUCGAGGGUGCAUUAGCAGCUAUGACUGGCAUCGCAAAACAUAUUAACGCGAUGAAGAGAAGACACGAGCACGCAGUAAGAGUUCAAGAGAUUCAAUCGCUACUUUAUGGAUGGUCUGGACCGGAUUUAACUACCAGCGGUGAACUUAUAGCUGAAGGUCGCUUCAGAAUGAGAGGGGCUAAAGCACCGAGACAUGCUUUUCUCUUUGACAGGAUGUUACUCCUUACGAAAAAGAAGGAAGAUGGUUUAUUGGUCUACAAGGCUCAUAUUAUGUGUUCCAAUUUGAUGUUGAUCGAAAGUAUCCCAGGAGAACCAUUAAGCUUUCAUGUGAUACCCUUCGAUAAUCCAAGGUUGCAAUAUACAUUGCAGGCACGCAACCUGGAACAAAAGAGGGAAUGGACCUUGCAAAUAAAAAGGGUAAUCCUUGAAAAUUACAACGCUGUUAUACCUUCUCAUGCUAGGCAACUGUUUCUACAACUUGGUCAGACUCAACACGAAGACGAUUCUACGACUGACAAAAGCUCGGCGAAAAAGUUAUACUCGGCACCGCCGGAAUAUUUAGAAAAACGUAAGCAAGAAAGAGAAAGAAGAAGAUCAGAAACUGGUAUUAGGCAUAAGUUCAAAAAAAAUACAAGAAAAUCGGAAUCACCUGCCAUCACUACCACAGAGGAUUCGCCGGCAUCAUUGAGGAAAAAUCCUAAUAACGAGACUGAAAUGCACGACUCGAGAGAUCAAAAUCUUAACAGGUGUACCGACGGGCGUACUCUCAAAGUAAAGGAUCGCUUCACCGGUUGGAGAAGAAAAUCAGAACCGGGAUUUCAAUCUUACGUUUCGUUGAAUCAAUCGGACGAGGAUCAGAAAGAGGUAACAGCUGAUAUGGAAACGACUUUAGUUGAAUCAGAUCGUACGAUCAAUACAAGCAACGAGGAUAAUAAUAAGCCAACAAAUUCUCAACAAGUUGAAACCAAAGAGAACAAUGAACAACUACAAACGGCAACUACACCGGCAGUGGCCCAAACAGUUGAGGAAAUAGUUGGUCAUAUUUUAAUGCAAAAUCAAGAAUUUCAAAAGUUAUUGGAAAAGCAAAGGACUAGUAGUAGCAUAAACGUUAGACAACAGCAAAGAUUUAAUAAGAGAAUAUCAGCCGACACUUCGGACGAGAGUGAUUGCGAGAACGCUAAUUACGUUGGUGGAACUUUGAACAAUCGUGUCCGUACGUCUCAUCGUGAAACCCAAAGAUUGGUGAGAACUAACAACGCAUGGAACUCAUUGUCCACGGUUAAUAAUACACGUGACAACACGCCACAGCCAGCACUUAGGUUACUCUAUGAUAAUUUAAAAUCCUCGGAUGGUAAAACGACAAGCGUACACGAAACAAUGAAUACAAAGAACAAUGUAAAUCGUGUACACGAAAAGAGAGCCCUUUUCGAAGCCUUUAAAAGACAAAGUAUCGUUACUGAAAGUAAAAUAAUAAAGACAGCUUUGAGAAUUAGAGAGAACUCGACGUCCGCCAAUGAUGAUUCAAACGAUACCACUAUACGUACUACUAACGAUCAGGAUUAUUCGGAGAAGGCUAACGAAGUUGAACUUAGUCCCGAACGAAAAGAUAAGAUCAAUGAUAUAGAUCAACAACAGGAUAUCAUAAAGGAGACCGACGAAUCAAAAGGUUUUGGUAAUUAUGAUAAUCUUCAACAUGUUUGGGAUGGUCUUAAAGAGGAACAAGACGUUAAUGGAAGUGACAGUCCAACGAGACCGGCCGUUUGGUUGACCAAACUCUGUGAAGGUUUACCAACUUCACCCCAAAAAUGUGGAUCCUUACCUCGUAGCUUUCAAAUCAAUCCAAACUCACAACUUAGCGUUACCAAAUCACGAUUUCUUCAAAGAGAUGGAAAACCAAUGACCGAAAGACCCUUCACUAUAGCCUCGGACAAACCAGCUGAGAUAAAUCUCGAGGAUAUGGAAAGAUAUGCUUCGAGUUGUCAACCCGAGGGUAGAAUUGCCAAAUUUCCAACUUCGGUUUCUACUUCAACGUCGACAUUUUUCUGUUCCCUCGAUGAUACUUUAACAGAUGCAUAUUCCGAGAUUCACAUGGUCUCCUCACCUACUACAACCAACAUUCAUCCAGAUCACAAAAUCUACAGGGCUAACGGGAGUACUAGAUUUAAGAACGUAUUGUCAAAGGCCGGUAGUCGUUUGCAAGGUCUCAGGAAUACUCUUAGCACCGAAACCCUUGAGUGUAGCGAAGAAAUAGAAAGAACUAAAUAUUUUCGUUCAUUGAGCAAUGGAAAAUCAAAAAGAAAGGGCAAAUCCAAACAUUCUAGAGAAAGUUCAUCUGACAUCGAAGAACUUGUUGGUUGUGUACCAGCAACUGGUGGACCAUCCGAUUAUAGGAUACCAUCAUUGUAUUAUAAACAAGGAAGUUCUAGUUUGGGUGCACGUAUAGCGCAAUCCGAUUAUGCGGAUCCUACUGUCCUCUUUGCUGAAAACAAACGCAAUGGUAACGAGGAGACAAGAAAAAUAAAAGAAAAGGUGAAAGAAAAUAAUGAAAGGGAUAAGGUAGAAGAAGAAGAUGAUGAUGGUGAUGAUGAUGAUGAUGACGAGGAUGAUGAUGACGAUGAUGAGGAGGAGGAGGACGAGGAGGGAUCUUCCAGAGGAACCAAUUGUCGUGAAAGCGAGACCGACAGUUUCUACGAGAGAUCAUUCGAAGUUAUUGAGAAUUAUGUUGACGUUGAUGGCGAGGAAGUUUUCAGGGACAGUGCAAUAUUCAGUGACGCUGAUGAUGUCCUUCUAAUGCGUACAGAUACUGGAGGAGGCGGAGGUGGAAGUGGAUGUGGUGGUGGUGGUGGUGGUAGUGGCGGAGCCACUACGUCAUCUGGUAAUAAACAAAAAGUCGCACCUCCGGUUCCUGCAAAAAAAAAAUCAGAAUGUUCAUCGGUUUCGACCAUUUUGUCGAGUAUCGUGCAAGAAAAUAAUACAAUUGGGAAGCCUUACGUAGCACAGAAACCAGAUUACCUAAAAAUAAAAUCGAUCUUCUUGAGAGCACAGAGUAAUAAUAACAGUAGUAAUAGUAAUAGUAAUAGUAAUAGUAAUAGCAAUAAUAGUAAUAGUCCAGAAAGUAAAAUCUCUUUAUUAAGGUCGUCCUUUAUGAAAAGAGACGUUGAUAGAAAGUGUACGACGAAUGAUGUUGGAUUAAUUGAAGAAUCCGGCGAUAUUGGUAACGAUGAUAAGGAUGAUGUAUCAGCUGGACAGAGUCAGGCAGGUUGGGUUAAGAAAAUAGUAUGUCAAUUGCAAGGACACGUUGAAACAUAAUUAAUAAAUCUUUUAAGGAUAGCUCUUUUUUUUUCUCUUCAAUUACAAAUUGUAAUUUUUCUUUUUUUUUUUCCUUCUUCCGUCUCGUGUCUCUUUCAAAAUUAUUCCAAAACGUAAUCGACUGUCUAAUAUUUUGUUUUUUCUUUUUUUAUUACUAUUAUCAUUAUUUUAAAGGAAAUUUUAUCUCCGUUCUAUUUUUAUUUUUAUUUUUUUUUUUAUAUCUAUUUUUUUUUUUUUUUUUUUUUUUUUUUUAAAUUAGGAAAAUCAUUGUUGAAUCGUUUGAUUCGUUUUACAUUUCACGGUUUGAUCUCUGUUUUAUGUACGAAUGAAAUUUCAUAAGUAAAUGUUUGUGGAAAAAAGAAAAAAAAA